CUGUAGAUCAUGUGAUCAAACAAAUCAAGAUGGCGAUGUACCUAUCAGUACCGUUAAAGAAGACUUACGAUGUUGAUUUUGUGAAACCAUUACGUAGUUUUAUUCAAAAUACGUUUUCAUCUGCAGAACCAGAUGACUACAAUACUGCCCUUAGCGAAUUUAACAAAUUAAGGAAUUUGAUGAUCACGAAAUCGGUUGACAAACACGAAUCUGCACUUGAAGUUCUCUAUCGAUAUUAUGAUCAACUAGUUGCUAUAGAAAAUAAAUUACCUAUUACAGAAAAUCAGAUUCGAGUUCAGUUUAAAUGGAAAGAUGCCUUUGAUGUUGGAUCAUUUUUAUCAGGGAAGCGAUCAUUGGCUAUUGCCAGUGGAGCUUACGAGAAAGUGUGUAUGUUAUUCAAUAUUGCUGCGUUACAGAGUCAGAUAGCAUCAAUUCAAAACUCAGAUAGUGAUGAGGGCUUAAAAACAGCUGCUAAAUAUUUCCAGCAAUCAUGUGGUAUAUAUGGCCAUUUGAAAGAUAUCGUGAUGUCACAUGUUCAACAAGAUCCCACACCAGAUUUAAACCCAGACACCGUCAGUGCUUUAAGUUCGUUGAUGUUAGCUCAGGGACAGGAGGCUUUCUAUAGAAAAGCAACUAAUGAUAAAAUGAAGGAUGCUAUGAUAGCCAAGUUAGCAUAUCAAACAUCAGAACUUUAUGCUGAUGCUAUGAAACUCAUGCAGUUAGCUUCUAUUAGAGAACUAUGGCCAAAGGAUUGGAUAUCCACAGUCGCCAUGAAACAGGCUGCAUUCCACGCUAUGGCUGAAUAUUAUCAAAGUCAAGUCUCAGCUCAGGCAAAAAAUUAUGGUGAAGAAAUUUCGCGACUUCAGCAUGCCAAUGAGCUUUUAAUAGCUUCACAAACUCGUGGUGGAACAACGUUCGGUUUCCGUAAUGAAUUAGCUAAAGUUCAAAGGGGGCUGGAAGCAGCCAGGAAAGAUAAUGAUUUUAUCUAUCAUGAGAAAGUACCUGAAGUAAAAAAUCUGCCACCUAUUGGAAAAGCAGCCAUUGCUAAACCUCUGCUACCCACUGCACCCUUUAGUAAAAAUUUCCAAGAUUUAUUCAGUAAACUUGUUCCUCUGCCCGUUCACGAAGCAUUGAUAGCAUUCGAGAACCGUAAAGCACUCAUUGCUAACACAGAGAUUGGUCGACUCAGAGAAGCAACACAGCUAAUGAAUGGGGUUUUAUCGUCUUUAAAUUUACCAGCUGCAAUUGAAGAUUUAUCUGGACAGUCAGUACCACAUUCUGUUAUAGAGAAAGGGGACCAACUCAAACAGUGUGGUGGUUUAGAUUAUAUCAAUAAGUUGAUGAGUGAUUUACCAGAAUUACUACAACGUAACCGUGAAAUUCUAGAUGAAUGUAAUAGACAGCUAGAUGAGGAAGAGAAAUCUGACAAUCAACUUCGUGAGCAGUUCAAAGAAAGAUGGACUCGUACAAAAUCUGAAGUUUUAACAAAACCUAUGCGAGAAGAGGGCCAGAAAUAUGGAACUAUUCUGAACAAUGCCAUUCAAGCCGAUAAAGUAGUCCACGAAAAAUACGAGAAGCACAAAAAUGCCAUUUCAAUAUUGUCAAAACCAACGGCUGAAAUGGAGAAAGCAUUGCCGUCUGCUAGUCCUGGUGCUGCCUUACAAAAUUCUCCAGUUGUACAAGAACUCCGUAAAAACAUGGAUGGUGUGGAAACUCUGAAAGCUGAACGUGAUGUUGUAGAAACAGAAUUGAAAGAUGCCAAGUUUGAUAUGACGAGUAAGUUUAUGCGAGCUUUAGCAGAAGAAGGUUUGAUAAAUGAAGAAUCUAUAUCAUGUGAAGAAUUAGAUCGAGUUUUUGCUCCACUAAGAAUGCAAGUAGCUGAUAGCAUACAUAGACAGGAGACAUUAUUGGCACUCAUUCAGAAUGCAAACACAGAUUUCUGUAAUGCCAAAUCAUCUAACCAAUCAGCAGCUAGCCGAGAAUCAAUGUUAAAAGAUUUAGCAUCUGGUUUCGAUAUGUACAUGGAACUGAAAGGAAAUCUGGAAGAAGGAACUAAGUUUUAUAAUGAUCUGACACCACUAUUAGUACGACUUCAGAGUAAAAUUUCUGACUUUUGUUUUGCUCGUAAAACAGAGAAGGAUGAGCUGAUGAGUGAUUUACAGAGACAAAUUGCUAACACACCAACACAAGCUCCACCAGCAACACCAAAAUAUCAGGGUGGACCUGGUACCUCUUCAGCUCCAGUUCCGGCAUCUAGGACGGCCCCUCCCCGUCCCCCACCCCCAACAAUUCCAACAUCAACACCCACCAGUAACAGUUCUAAUGAACCCCCAUCAAAUGCAAGUGCCCCACCAGCUUCAAGUGCACCCCCUUCACAUCCACCCCCAUCUUACCCAGGUCAACCCCCACAACAAAACUAUGCCCAAGGGUCAUAUGGAGCUGGAUGGAAUGCACCAUACCCCCAACAACCAGGUGGAGGUUACCCAAUGCCUGCCAUGCCAACAGGUUACAACUCAUACAACCCUUAUAUGUCAUAUCCCCAACAGGCCCCACCUCCUUCACAAGGAGGGUAUCCUUAUCCUCAACAACAAGGGUAUCCCCAACAACAAGGAUAUCCCCAACAACAAGGAUAUCCCCAAAAUAACUACCCACAUGGAGGAUAUCCUGCACCCCCUUAUCCCAAUCAACAAAACCCACAAUGGAGAUAAGAUUUGUAAUUUAUGAAAAAUGGCUAAUUUUAAAUGUUCCAAGUUUCUGGAAUCUGGAAACUGACUAUAACUAUAAGUUCAAGUUUCUAGAAAUCAGAAACUGACAGUAGACUACAUAUUUUGUAUCUUUCAAGUUUCUGGAAUCUAGAGACUAUAAUUAAAAUCUAAACAGUUGCUAGUGGUUGUAAAUACAGGAAGAAUGUUAAUUAAACUAAUAAUCAAAAUGUCUAAAUAUAUUCACAGAAUUAUAUGCAGUUUAAUUGUCAGAGCGAAACAUUGAUUAAUAUUUUGAUACUGUACGUGGGUAUCAGCUCAAGUGUUGUAUCAAUAUAUUAUGCUAUGUGUUGCUCAAGACCAUUUUUAACAAUUUACAAUACAGACACUAUCCCGCAUAUAUUCAUUUCGAUGAAAUUGUCCAAUAUGUACGAUUGCCCUUACGUUAUUUGAAAUAAUGGUACCCAACAUCAAAGGAUGUCAUCGCAUCUGUAUUUUGAUACAGGAUAAUGACUUUAAUAUAAAAAUUAUAUUAAAUAUAAUUGUUCAAAAUGUGUAAUGGUCAAGUAGGCAGAAGAUAAGUUUCUUGCAAGAACAUAAAAGAAAUAAUGGUGAAUAUUUGAAUAACUGGUAUUAGAACAUAACCUAAGAUUGUGACCUGGUAGUAAAAUAUCUUUCAAAUUCUGUGUGGUUUUUUUUUCUCACAAUACCAUGUUUAUGUUAUGUCAUUAAUAGAAUGUAUAUUUUUGAAAAAUGUUUAAAUUGUUAAACUGUUGUGAUUUAAGCUUUAGCUAGAUUUUAUGCAAAUGACUUAUUAAUAUUAAUUUAUACAUUUUGCAAGACAAGAUGAGGUUGUAGUUGUCCUUCAACCAUGAUUUGAAAGUGUAUGAUUUUUGUUGGUUGUAGUUGAUCGUAACAACACAAGUAUGUAAAUGUCUAAUUGCCUCUUCUGGAAUCAAUUCUAUUACUGUCCCCCUUAGUAAAGUGUUUUUCAGUGGGAUGCUUUACUUGGCAUACUAGUUUGAUUCCGUUUUAGUGAAAAAAAAAAAAACGACUCUGAACUCAUAAAGCAAAACUUGAGAUGCUCAUCAAAUGAAACACUCAGACUGGGUGCCGUUUCACAAAGCUUCUGUAAGACAUAAAUACAUGGAAAUCAAAUAUUUUACUAUACAACUUUAUUUUACAUGUAUUCAAGUAAUUUGACCGAUGCUUCGUUAAGCGUGCCCCUGGUCACAGUGUACACCACUGCAUCGCACAAUAUCAUUUGUUGUUAACAUGCAACUUGUAAUUAUGUAAAUAUGGUAAACUAAUGCUGAUGAUUAUCCGAUCUGUUAUUUUCCACCAAAUAUGUUAAAAUAUCUCGGGAUAAUUAGAUUAUUUUUGUAUCCCAAGGAAAAUUGUGUCUUUUCAUUGUUAAAUUUAACUGUUGAUAUAUUUGUUCAAUAUUUUCUCCAUCAAAAAUUUUGUCACAUUCUUUUUGACCAUUUCUCCUUUAGCAUAAAAGGAAGUGAACAAUAAAAAAUACCUUUAUUGUAUUUCUGUCAUUAUUGUUACUGUGUUAUACAUGUGUAAUAUAGUUUUCUUUAAAUCUGAUAUGGUAGUUUUAAAAUUUUCGUAAAGUCUUUGACAUAAAAGUGAUACCGCAAAUGUUAUGUCAUAAUAAAAUAUAAAUGUAAAGUUUUAUUAAUAUUUUGUUGUUUCUAAAAUUAAUCUGUUGAUAGGCGUAUCUUGACGCAACUGCAUAAAAUGUUAUCAGUCAUUGUUUUUCAAGGUGCUGCUCGAUUAAGCUAGAGAGCCAUCAAGCACCUGAAUCUCGAUCCAGGAGAACUUAUUAGAGCUUAAAAUUGGUCCCUAUAACUUCCAUAUUCUAUUUUGUAUCAGAACAAAUUUCUGGCUAUAUAGACUGAAAGGAAUCAUUCUCUUUAUUCUGAUAUAAUUGGAAUAAGAGAUUCUUUUUCAUCUCACUAACCAAAUAUAGAAAACAAUGGCCAUGUUAUCUUUGGCAAGAGAUUAAUUUUUUGCAUCACAUAACAUUAUGAAUAAUAUAUGUUGUGUUUUAAGUAAGCUGACUGUGUUGCUGUGGCUUGGUUUGCCAGAUUAUAUUAUCCAUAAUUUACUAAUAACUAGCUAUAUUUUUUUUUCUCUGUCAUUAGAAGCAGCACGGGUGCCAGAGUAGUCUUCGUCUAGGCAAGCCAACUACUUGCAAACCCACAUCUUUCAAAUGUCAACUAACUUAAAACCGCUAAAUCUAUUCUUAAUUUCAAGAAAUGAGAAACAUCAAUCUUUGAUCAUUUUUCUUAAA